AUGUUAAUGGCGUCCGACUCGACGGUUUUCCGGAACGGCAGCAUAAUCACAAGAAUCGACACGAUGUGUUCGACCGCUGGUGUUAGCAACCUGCGACUUUCUUCUACCGUGGAUUUACUUCCCUACCCAGCUCCUACAUUAUCCGUUUCUGAUCUUGAGCAAUAUACCAUCAGCUCCUUCCAAUCAUACACUUUAUUUCAACCCAAACAAACCCAUUCCGAAACCACCAACAACCUGAAAUUCACUCUCCCCAUCCUCUUCGCCCUCCUGACAGGCGCCCUCGCAAAAGUCGUCCCCAUCCCCUUCGGCAUAGCCGGCGCCGUCGCCACUAUCGGCAAUGACUUGCGCAUCUACGUCCAAGGCAACGAUACUGCGGGUAUCAAGGAAAUCAGCGUUGGCAUACCUAACGACCCUAUCACUGCCAACAAAAUCAUUUUUGAUGGCCCAAUGCGCCAGUAUACGCCUCUUGCGGCAGUGUCUUGGUUUCAGGAUAAACAUAAUCAGAUCCGCGUUUACUACAUAACGCCCACCAACACCAUUGGCGAAGUUGGUUAUGACGGCGCUACCGGUAAUUGGAGCAAUGGUGAUCUCCAGAUCCCAGUGCUGCCUUUCUCGAAUCUGUUGUAUGCGACUAAAGUGAGAAAUAUGCUGGUUGUGGGGUAUACAAGUGAUCAUAAGGGUGGGCUGUUGAAUGAGGCUUAUGUUGAGGUUGAUGUUGCUGGCGCCACGUGGAAGACGUACGAGCUCUCCCGAUGUAUGAAAGACGUGUAG